AAAUAAGAAAUUAAUUAAAAAUGGUGAGAGAGAGAAGUUGCCCUUUGGUUCGCCCUUGGAGGCUUUGACCAGAGGUGGCGUCCUGAUUUUGGUGUCUUCUUUCGCUUUUCAAUUUUCAUUUAAUCAUCCAUUCAUUUCGCUAAUCAUUGCCUUGCCGCUUUAAUUGCGAUCUUCACUAUCACAAUGUCGUUGCCGCCGCCGCCGGCAAAUUCAGAUUCCGCCAAUACCUCCGCUCCGUCGCUGGUCAGAACUUAUCGCGUCUGGCAAGGCAGUAACGUUUUUCUUUUCGGAGGGAGACUCAUAUUUGGGCCUGAUGUGAAAUCAAUAUUUAUAUCAGUUUUUCUUAUUAUUGUUCCCAUCGCGGUGUUCUGUGGUUUGGUAGCGAGGAAAUUGUUGGAUGAUUUUCCUCAUCACUCUGGAUGGUCAAUAAUGGGUGUGGUUAUUGCUCUCACACUGUUUGUUCUAACCACCCUUAUAGUAACCUCAGGAAGAGAUCCUGGCAUAGUACCUCGUAAUGCUCAUCCUCCGGAGCCAGAUGACUAUAAUUGGACUGAGAAUAGCAACAAUGGGCAAAUUUCAACGUCACGAUUUCCACGGACAAGGGAUGUAAUUGUAAAUGGUAUAACAGUGAAAGUCAAAUAUUGUGAUACUUGCAUGCUCUACAGACCCCUCCGUGCUUCUCACUGUUCAGUCUGUGAUAACUGCGUAGAGCGAUUUGAUCAUCACUGCCCAUGGGUGGGUCAGUGUAUUGGACUGCGAAAUUACCGGUUCUACUACAUGUUUGUUUUCUCAGCCACUCUGCUUUGCUUGUAUGUACAUGCCUUUUGCUGGGUUUACAUUGUAAGGAUCAAGGACUUCGAGAAAAUAUCAAUUUGGAAAGCAAUGUCCAAAACUAUAGCAUCCACUGCACUAAUAAUCUACACCUUCGUUUGUGUCUGGUUUGUUGGCGGCCUCGCUGUUUUCCACACGUACCUCAUCAGCACAAACCAGUCUACUUACGAAAAUUUUAAAUACCGGUAUGACCCUCAAACCAACCCAUACAACAGAGGUAUAUUUAACAACUUCAAAGAAGUGUUAUGCUCUAGGAUUCCUCCGUCCAAGAACAAUUUCAGGUCUAAGGUUCCAAGGGAGCCAUUAGAUUCAUAUCGAAGAACGGACAUCAGGCCCUUAAGCCCAUUGAUGAAAAGAACCACCAGGCAUAUGGAAUUAUUAGUUGGAAAUUCAGUUUAUAAUGAGCAUGAAGAGGAGGAAAGUCAUCAUAGAGAUGGGUCUGAGAAUGAAGCACGUAGCAAGGAUAGUGAAAGCAAAGACAGUGGAUUGACCGAUAAGUCCGUGGAUUUAAGCAGGAUCUUUCACACUGAAGGAGUAGAGGGCCAAGAAAGUUCAGUUGGUAGACAACCUCCAUGGGAAACAACUCCACAAGUUCCUGAUAGCAUAAUCGAAGUCGGGGAAUCAAAUUGGACUACUGGACCCAGAUACUCCACUCAAGAGACUGUAUAGUGCAGAAGUGAGGCUGUCAGAAACAUCUUUGGAUGUUAAUUUAAAGUUCAAACGAUUGAUGAUACAAUUUUAUAGAUGUAAAUUAAAAGUUCAAAUGAUUAAUGAGCAAAAGAAGAGUGUUGUUAAAGUUGGCCUCGACUAGAAAGAGAACCAAAUAGGAGAUUGUUUAUGAAUUAUUUGGUAAAGUAUUUAAAUUUGAAUUGAUUUAAAUUU